CUCGCUUGAACGGAUUGGUAAAUACCAACCCAAAAAGGUAAAUACCAUUUCCAUUUGGUUAUCCGCUUGAAUUUUAUUCUUGUUUCGCAUGAGGAAUAAAGCUAAUUAUGGAAAAUUUCUGAGGAUAACCUCAAACUGCCAACGAUAAAAAAGAGCAUAAUUAAAUAAUCAAGAACAGUUUGUGAAGUGUUCAUUUCAGAUUUUACAAAAUGCCUUGCCUCAAAGUUGAAACAAAUGUGCCACAAGCUAAAAUCCCUGCAGACUUCCCUAUAAAACUAACUAAUGUUAUUGCAAAGUCAUUAGGAAAACCAGCCAGUUACUGUAUGGCAAUUGUUACUGGAGGAGUUUCUAUGGCAUUUGGUGGGUCAAAUGAGCCAUGUGCCUAUGCUAGUUUGAUGAGCAUUGGAGCACUUGGAGUUAGUGAAAAUAAGAAACAUUCAAAAGCAAUUGCAGAAUGUAUGGCUUCUAUCGGGGUACCAGCAGAUAGGAUGUAUAUCCAUUUCGUCGAUUCACCUUCCAGCGUUGUUGGAUACAACGGAUCAACCUUCCAUGAUAUCUUGGGAUAAGCAUUUGAUAACAAAUUUUAAGCCAGAAAUCUGUUCAAUAGCUUCAGAUUGUGUGUAAUAAAGUAGUUAAGUUUUGUUACUGUGUUGGUUAGUUAAUAAUCAUAGUAGAGGUAUCUUCAGAGAGGAUUUUCAAGGAUGACAGAG